ACAGAGAACCGAAGGGAAAUUGUAAGUCAAGCCCAUCUACUUCCUAAAUAUUGCUUUUUAUUAUUCAAACAACUCAUUAUUAUCAAAACGUUACUUUUACAGUAAUUGAUUUUGUACUUUUCUUCACGGUGAAGUUAUUAUAUGAACUAUUUUACGUUAAAUAAAACAACAAGGUUUUUCGACAUAUUUUAAAGGAAGUGAGAUGGAGCCCUUACAGUUCUUCUACAUGAACUCGACUUGAUCCCCCGUAUGCUUCACAGAGAAUGAUAUUUACUUCAAGAAUGGCUCAGACAGAGCCUUGAUUUCGGGGGAAAGACGACUUUUAUUAUUGUGAAUGACAGUGGUAACACGGGGCAUUAUAAAAACGUUCGGAGAUGAACGAAGGAGUCGCUGCAACCAAGAAUUAAGAGAAAACACAUGUUUCACGGAAAUGGCUUACAGUCAUAAACAUUGAUAGGGACAUUGUUCAGGCGACAAACGUUUUCUAUUCGACAACUCUGAAGGAGGGACAGUUAGAAAACAAAGAGAAGGUGGUCCCUGAUGCAAGAAGGAAGCUACAACUCAAAAAUAAAUGUCUUUAACAAGAAGAUUAAGUUAGAAGUUUUUCCUGAUCUCCAUAAUGUAGCUUCAUCAAGUAACCUUCAUAGUUCACAGAGUCCAUUAUUACAAUCAGACUACGUACAGGGUAACAGCAACCAGACAUUGUUUUAUCCACCAAAUAGGAAUGUUUACAGAGACGUGGAAAAUAUAUCCCAGAAUUACAUUCGUGCUUCAACCUUAAAACUUUUUGAUUCAUACCAGAGAUGUGGAAUUAAACGUAAAUGUGAGGAAUUGGAAGUACCCAUGCAGCUCACAGACGUGCAAACAGUACCAAGCGAGGAUGAGAAGCCCCUUAUUGCCACGACAACUACAGCCACAACGAACACCUCCAAAAAUACGUCCUCCUCCAACAGUGAGGGGGACUACCAGCUAGUGCAGCAUGAGGUAUUGUACUCUUUGACGAGUCACAAUGCCUACGAAGUGCUGGAAUUUCUGGGUCGUGGCACAUUUGGCCAAGUGGUCAAAUGUUGGAAGAAAGGGACCAGUGAAAUAGUAGCAAUAAAAAUCUUGAAAAACCACCCUUCAUAUGCAAGGCAGGGUCAGAUAGAAGUUAGCAUACUAACAAGAUUAAGUCAUGAAAAUGCUGAUGAAUUUAACUUUGUUCGAGCAUAUGAAUGUUUUCAGCACAAAAACCAUACUUGCUUGGUUUUCGAGAUGCUUGAACAGAACUUGUAUGACUUUCUCAAGCAGAACAAAUUCCAGCCUCUACCCCUGAAGUACAUCCGUCCUAUAACGCAACAAGUGUUGACAGCAUUGCUGAAACUUAAGAGCUUGCAUUUGAUUCAUGCUGACCUGAAGCCAGAAAAUAUUAUGUUGGUGGACCCCGUUCGGAUGCCUUACAAAGUGAAAGUAAUUGAUUUUGGUUCUGCAAGUCAUGUGUCCAAGGCAGUUUGUUCAACAUAUUUACAGUCAAGAUAUUACAGAGCUCCAGAGAUUUUGCUUGGCCUUCCAUUCUGUGAAGCCAUAGACAUGUGGUCCCUGGGCUGUGUGAUAGCUGAAUUGUUUUUGGGCUGGCCCCUAUACCCAGGAUCCUCAGAAUACGACCAGAUUCGCUACAUCUCCCAGACACAAGGCCUGCCAGCUGAACACAUGCUCAGUGCAGCUACCAAAACAACCAGAUUCUUCAUUCGAGAAAACACAGACAGCAACUAUCCAUUCUGGAGACUUAAGACUCCAGAAGAACAUGAAGGUGAAACAAAGAUAAAAUCAAAAGAAGCCAGGAAGUACAUCUUCAACUGUCUGGAUGACAUGGCACAGAUCAAUGUACCAACGGACCUGGAUGGCAGUGAGUUGAUGGCAGAAAAAGUGGACAGGAAAGAAUUUAUUGACCUGUUGAAGAGGAUGUUAACAUUGGACCAGGAGAGGAGGAUCACCCCAGGGGAGGCCCUGAACCACCCCUUCAUUACCAUGGCCCAUCUCAUAGAAUACGCUCCAUGUAACAUGUUUAAACAGAGUUUGUCAGCAAUGGACAUCUGCCGUCGGUCUGUGAAGAGCAUAUUUGAUGUGAAUCAGAACACUAGUUCUAUCAUGUCGAAUCUGGUGCCACCCUCCACCAGUAACCUGACAGUCAGUUUCAACAAUCAGAUCAAUGCCCUUCACACCCAGAUGGCAACCCAGAACUUGAGUGGCACCUCCCAUCCUGGUACGGAGCUUCAGUAUUUGCCGUACCCCCUACAGUCACGGCAUUACAUUCCCUAUCAGCCAUCACAAGUUAACACACAGUUAUCAGCACCCAGGUCCUCAACACAGUUUAGCCGCACCGAUCCUUUUAUUCACGUCUCCUCUAUUGUGGUGCCCGGUAUCCAAGGACUGAGCUCUCCAACACGGUAUAAUCAUGUCCCCAUGGUGACCCAGGCACCCCCCACAUUACAACUUCAACCUCAGCUAAUCGCACAGAGAACAGUCAACCAUUCCCAGAUAAGCCCAGUGACCAUGAUAGAACACCCAAUAUUCAUGGCAGCCAAUGCAGGAAACACUUGGCCAGGUACACAGCAAGUCCUUGUAGGAUCUUGGCAACAGAUUCCGGGAAUCCCCACCCAGAGGGCUGUCCAACAGCCACUACUGACCGACACACUGGCAGCAUCCCAGGCCCUGCAGGACUCCUGGAGACAGUCCUUGGUGCUAGACAAUUUGGAACAGUCCUCUUUAGCUUCACUGGGAUCAUCAUCACAAAAAUGGAAUAUUGGAGUUGUGCCAACAAAUUCUUACAUACCUAAGGGAACUGGUUCAAGUAAAAGGCAGACCAAACAAAGAAGCUACAAGAAUGGGGCUACUUCCACCCAUUUAUCUCCAGUGAAAAAGAGAGUCAAGGAGAAUACACCCCCCGAAACAUUGGUCCCUGAUGACAAUUCCCUCCUACAGGAAUGGGCCGACAACCUAAAAACAGGACGGUCUGGCAGAGAGCAAAAACAGACAAUUGUGAUAGCAGACACUCCCAGCCCCACCCCUAGUAUCAUCACCAUCAGCUCAGACAGUGAAGAGGAGGGGGAACACCGUUUCAACAGGAGUAGAAGGGCUGGAAGCCUUCGAGUUCAGAAUUGCAACCAAGCAGGUGUAGAUUCUCGUUCAUUUGUGACUAGCAGUGCUGGAAACGAAAUUUUCGAAUCCUCCAGAAGUCAUAAGAGUUUACUGUCAGGUGUUCCAAUACCUGAAUUGACUUCUCGAGAUUCUGAAGCAGAGUACCCGAACACACUGUUCAAGAAACAAUUGGCCAUGACGCCAAUCAAACAUGAGGAAAUUGAGAGGACGAAUGAAGAUACGAACAGAAAUUACCACAUAAAUACAAAUACAAGCUAUAAUAUAGUGCCACCAAAUGUGUCACUGGACAUGCCCAAGAAGGCAAGGGAACAGGCCAAAGUGUCACCAUAUAUGAUGAGUGUUCCAAAGCAGGAAGCAGCCCCCUAUAUACCCUUCAAUACAUCUGCCAAUUAUGACAGGUCAAGAGGAGGGAAAAGCCCAAAAGUGGAGGUGAAACUACCUCCACUGGAAGUGGAGAUCAGCAAUGCUGCCUUUCAAGGAAAGCUAGCAUAUGUGUCUCCCACUGUUCGCAAUGUCCAUAGUCAAGCUCACAAGCAAGCUGCCUCUGGCAUGGCAUUUGUCAACUCUAGCUCGGCUUUUCAGCAGCAUAAGGCAAGGCCGGCAAACAUGAACUUCACCAGACCAACAGGACCCAGUCAGUUGUCACCAGUUCAGACUGGUGUAGCAAUUGGUCAGCCAGUUUUCCUAAAUACAGGUCCACAAAUGGAAGUUCACAGGGAUUUUAGAAGGCCCCCGGCUUUGCAGGGCAGUCCAAUCCAUCACUAUUUACUGCCAGCUCAUCAACAGCCCCAGAUGGCAGCCAUUCCUACGGCUAUGAGUCAGUACACCCCAUUUUCACCCACAGUGGCCCCACCUCCAGCUCAUCAGAGUCCAAGACAUGUCCAGUAUACAACACACCCCCUGCCAGCUCACGUACACCCUGUCCUGCAGUCAUCGACCCUCCCUACAGGGCCAUAUCCCACACAGAUCGCCUCCCAGUAUGGCAGCCUCAAUCCUGCAGGGGGCAUAUAUGCCACAUACCCUCUCAGCCCAACCAAGGGCAGAUCAUAUCAAUAUUUUGCAUAACAUUCAUAACAAUGUCAUCCUUUUUGACUUUCAUGGUGCUAUUUUGUGGUGGCUUGCAUUUUAGGAUCACCGAAUCACAGACCUGUGUACUUUGGUUGUGAUUCACGACAAGGAAUGGAAUCUGGUUGAUUUUAAUGGUGUGGUUUUCCUCACUAAUUAGUUCUUUUUAUCAUCUUUCUCAAUGUUAGAUGUAACAAAUUAUUUCCCCAUAAUAUUAAUUGCUGUAUGUUUUGCAGUUAGAUGCUUUUUUCUCAUUGUAUCUGUAGUGAAUUCAGCAUAGUAUUUAUUUUAUUGGCCUUCGUAUUUAGAUGCACUUCAGCCAGCCAUGUGUAUUGUAUAUUUAUCAGUAUAUUGUAUAUUUUACCAAUAUAUACAUAUUUUAUUACCUACACAACAAUCAUUUUAAAUUGCUAAGCUAUAUAUUGCUGAAAUAGUUUGUUAUGUGUGUGUUACCAAUUUAUUACAUGAUCUUAGGACUUUUAACUAGUACACUUACUCUUUUAGUCAGUUAAUGUACGAGAAUUGUUGGAUACAAGAAGAAGGGUAGAUCUAUUGGGAUUUUGGGCAUUGAAUAUUUUGGCAACAUCUUCAGUCAUAACAUAGCCUCAAGAUUCACAUAUAAAGGGUACUUCAAUACUUGCCAGGAAUAUUGUAGGGGAAGAGCUUUCUUAGAAUUUAGAUAUCUAUUAAUGAUGAAAUUUGACGAACAUUCCACUAUGUAUUGUAUUGCGAAGCACCAAGUUAACAAAUGGGGAAAUAUCAUGUUAAAACAAAUUUAUGUUCAGCAGUGUACCAUGUUGGAUGUUGUUUCUCAAUGAUAGUCUGUGAUCAUUCAUUAAUUCUGAUUAUAUGUUUACGCACCUUAUCUGGUUAUUUUCAGGUGUGGAAUUUCAAUAUGAGGGCAAAUCAGUUAGAUAUCGAAAAUGCAUUUUAGUUUGAGUUUGAUCUUGAGUAAUCUCUUAUGAUUUACCUUUGAAAUGCAAAUUAGUUUAAUAUGAUUAAGAUUAAGGAAUGUGAAUGAGAUUGCUUUAGAGAAAUGUGAUACUUAAUGACAAGCCAAAAUAAACGGCAGAAUAUAGAAAGAUGAUGUUUUGUCAAUCAAAGAACUACAUUGUAUUACACUAUUUUUGUAAUGAGAUAUUAAUGUUUAUACGUGGUGCACAUAAUUUAAAUCAUGUUUGAACAGGCAUGUUUGCAUUUUUUUUUCUUUUCAAAAGGAAUGAUGUGCCAUUGUGUAAGUAAUUGUAUAGCAAAGAAUUGUAUUACUCCUUCUAUUUUCCAUGUCUUCAAAAGAUUAUUGUCCACAAUGAUAAAUUUAUAGGGAGUGUUCAUUACUGCCCUCAGAUGUAUAGAAUUUUUGUAUAUUUGUUACAGAUGUAAAUAUGUUAGAUUUGUAUAUUAGAGGCCUUUCUAUGAUGUUGUGGUGGGUGAUAUGCACUAACAUUUGUGAUACUCAUUUGUGGGAAUAAUGCCAAAGUAAUUUUUAAGGACACACCAACUAUCCUAGUUUGUUUGUGUAUAUAAAUACUAUUUUUCUGUAGCUUGUCUUUAAAUGCUGAAGCAUUAUGAUACUUGUAGUGGUUUUUUUUUCUGAUAUGAAAUUUAAGUAAAGGGGUCAAUUUUAAAAUCAAAAUGUUUGGUUAAAUUUUAAUUUUAGAUUGUUCAAACUGUUGGAAAGAAGAAUUUUUAAACUGUAUGUUGUCCUUUGUUUGGUGUCUCCUAAAACCCUGUUAUAAAUAAGUAAUGAUAAACAGUUCACUUGUAUUUGUAGAUAGGAUGUACUGUACAUGUAGCAUGUAUAUAUUUAACACUUGCCAGUAUUUUAUUUUUUCAUAGUAGUCUUUCAUGCACCACAUCGUUUUCAGUAAUGAUCACUGAUAUCUUUUUAUGACUCCAAUGUUUGUAAGUGUGUGAUAUUACAUAAGGGGAAAAAAUGGCUAAAUUUACUGCAGUCAUUCUUUCAUGUUUUCCAAUGUCAACAGAUUUCUUAUCAGGCUUAUAAGUAGCUUGUUCAUGGGUACAUUAAGCAUUCGUUAGAAAUACUAGAGUUGUCUACCUUGCUGUGUUCAUUCAUUCAGUGUUUUUUAUUUCCCCCUUCAUUUUAAUUAUGGUAGCUGUAGGAAUGUACUUUAUGAUAGUGUAUUUAAAUUAGCCUGUAGAUUUCUUCAAAUGUAUGGAUGCUUGUUGAUUAUUUAUUUUGUUUCUAUAGAAUUUUUAAAUCCAUGUAGUUUAACAGUGCUAGUGGUUUCUGGUUUCUGUGUUUUUCAUGGCACUUGAUUGGUUUUAUCAUGUUGAUAGCUAAUAAUAACCUAAUGUGUUUUGUAUUGUGAUUUUGUAUCAUUCCGUGUUCAGAGGUAUUGUACAAUGGUCAGAUUUUUUAGCGGGUCUUGGUUAACCAUUAUUCUUUGGCCAUGAUUAUCAUUAAUUGAUUCUUUUUUUCAUUUUAAGUUAGUUCCUAUGAUUUUUAGAAUUUUGCCAUGGGGCGAUCAGUUAGAAUAAAAAUAUUUCAGUGACACUUGUCUUAAAAAGUGCUUUUGUGAUGUAAAGCUUACUUCAUACUCAGGGUUGCCAGUCAUUUCUAUCCAUAAAUCAUUGCAUUUAAUCAGUCAUUUUACCCAACACAUGAUAUGACUUGCUUAUGCAGGCAUAUUUACAUGUAGAUAGCAUCAUAUAGCCAGAGACAAGUUUUGCAAUAUUGUAAUGUAAAUCCAUUACAUUAUCAUUGUAUCAUUGAUUAACCUGAAUGUAUUUAUCUGACAUCAAUCUAGCAUUAGUCUCCCUCAUCUGUCUCAAUUGUACUAAUCAGAGGCCUUGCUAUGAAACUUUUACUUUUUGUUUGGUGGUUGAAUUAAAAAAAUAAUUGACAAUAAUAGAAGGACCUUGAAAUGGGAUUGGACAUUUAUAUUUGUUUUCAGAUAGAGUAGUUUGUAGAAUAAAAAUUUAGCCAUGUUAAUCCAGAAAAAUUUGAUCUCUUAGUCAGAAUUUAACAUUACUUCCCAUGUAAACCUAUGUGUAGUGGGCUUUUUGUUCUUUUUUUUUUUUUAGCCUAAGUUAGUGUUUUAACCUAAACUUAUUAUAUAAUUUUAGGUUUGUGUAAGGGAUGUAUCAUGGUGUUAGAUUAUUUUAGGUAAAGUGUGCCUGGCAUUCCAGAAUAUAUUUAUACUGAAGCUAAACUUUUAUCAAAUUUCAAUAUUUUGUAUCGGUGGAUUUUUUUUUCAUUGCUUUAAAAUACUGAUAUUCUAACUUUAUAUCAGAGAAGUUUGGUUUUUGGAAUUUGCUUUUGUUUUAAGAUUUCAU